AUGGCUGAGCCGGAAGUUAUUCCCCCUCCGUCCGCGGACUGGAAGGGUGAAAAUGAUGCAAAUCCCAAUUUCAGAGCCCUUGGAAAGCUCUCUCCUCCUGUCAUGCGCAAAAUCGAACCAUUCGGAGCCCAAUUCCUUGCCUACGCUCGUCGCAAGCGCCAUGGCCGCACAUUUUCUGAAGAUGACCGUAUACAGGCUCUCUCCCGAGUUAAGAAGUCGGAAGACGAUGACGAUGGCGAAAUCAGCGAACCUGAGGAUCCUUUGAUGCUUGCUCGCGAUGCUAAAGACUGGAAGGGACAAGAUCACUACGCCGUUCUCGGUCUUUCCAAAUACCGCUACAAAGCUACUGAUGAGCAGAUCAAAAAGGCGCAUCGCAAGAAGGUUCUCAAACACCACCCAGACAAGAAAGCCGCAGCUGGACAAGAUGACGAGAAUGACUCCUUUUUCAAAUGCAUUCAACGUGCAUAUGAAAUUCUUACCGACCCUGUCAAGCGCCGUCAAUUCGAUUCCGUCGACGAAGCCGCAGACGUUCCCCCUCCAACCAAGAAGGAUAUGCAGAAGCCUGGUGCUUUCUACAAGAAAUGGAAUGCUGUCUUCCAGAGUGAGGCUCGUUUCAGCAAGAAACAUCCAGUGCCUUUGCUGGGCGACGAGAACAGCACAAGAGAAGAGGUGGAAGAGUUCUACGACUUCUGGUACAACUUUGACUCCUGGCGCACGUUCGAAUACCUCGAUGAAGAUGUUCCCGACGACAAUGAAGGACGAGAUCACAAGCGUCACAUUGAGAAGAAGAAUGCCAAUGCUCGUCGCAAGCGCAAGACCGAAGAUACAGCACGACUCCGCAAAUUGGUCGAUGAUUGCUUGAGCUACGACGAACGCAUCAAGAAAUUUCGCAAAGCUGCUAAUGCCGAUAAGAACAAGCGCCGCCUUGAAAAGGAAGCGGCCGCAAAACGCGAGGCUGAAGAAAAGGCCAGGGCCAAGGAGGAAGAAGAACGCAAGAAGAAAGAGGAAGAAGAGCGUUUGAAGGCAGAGAAAGAGCAAGGCAAGAAGGCCAAGGAAGCUGCAAAGAAUGCCGCCAAGAAGAACAAGCGUGUUGUCAAGGGCAGUGUCAAAGAUGUCAACUACUUCGUGGAUGGUGAAGCACCACCCAAGCAGAUCGACGAUGUUCUUGAUGAUGUUGACAAAGUCUUGACCAACAUCGACGCGGAUGAACUGGCAGAUUUGGUUUCCAAACUCAAUGUCGCAGGCAAAGAUGGUAGAAAGGUCAAAGAAGUUUUCAGCGAGUCUCUUGGUGGAUUGGUGUCUGCUGGUAAGGUGAAGGAGAGCGACAUCAAGGUUUUCAAGUGA